UUCACUGGUGUUCAUCUUCAAUUCCGUCAAUGUUAACGAAUUUAAUUUUACCUUUUCUCUCGUUCUCUUAAAUGAAAGUGGAAGAAACAAAGAAUAUUACCAAAAAUUUAGAAAAUUAAUAUUGAAAAAAUCAGAGUUCCACAAGACUCGCAGAUCUGCUCGUUUUUCGCCUCCCUGGCUUCCGAAUCUCCAUUUUUCGUACUCAUUGAGCUUCAAAGCUUACUCCAAGAUAGUGAAGCGUUUAAUAUUCAAUGGAUGGGAUAGGAGGUGAAACUGCCUCAGCGGCAGCACCCUUGAGCCAGUGGCAACAUGAUGUUUCAAGGCUUUAUCAAUAUUAUCUUGAUAAGACUACCCCACAUGCCGUCUACCGAUGGAUUGGAACUCUUUUUGUAUUGGCAAUUUAUGCAUUGAGGGUCUUCUAUGUGCAAGGGUUCUACAUUGUUUCAUAUGGUUUGGGUAUCUAUAUACUCAAUUUGUUGAUUGGAUUUUUGUCGCCUUUGGUUGAUCCAGAGAUGGAAGUUUCAGAUGGACCAUUGCUGCCUACUAAAGGUUCAGAUGAAUUCAAGCCGUUCAUUCGCCGACUUCCCGAAUUUAAGUUCUGGUACUCAUUUACAAAGGCCUUUUGCAUUGCCUUUGUAAUGACCUUCUUUUCCAUCUUUGAUGUUCCUGUCUUCUGGCCCAUUUUACUUUGUUACUGGAUUGUUCUUUUUGUCCUGACAAUGAGGCGUCAGAUUGCACAUAUGAUCAAGUACAAAUACAUACCAUUUAGUCUUGGAAAGCAGAAGUAUGGUGGCAAAAAAGCUUCUGCAAGUAGCGGUAUCUCGAACGACGAUUGAUUCAUGGCUUAUUAUUUACAGCAAUUAGUACAAGUAGAGAUUUGGAUGUUCACAGUAGAAGAAAUUUUUUUGGAUUGAAGUUACUUGUAGUUAAGAUUGCUUAUGGAUUUAUUGAUUGGGACAUGGUUAUAUGCCAAACCCUUUAUGAUAACUGAAGAACUGCCUGUUGUAGAAAUUGUCACUUUAAUACACGUCGUAAUCUGGUUCGUAAUCUGGUUCGGUUGCAGGGCGUAUUUGAAACC